AUGUUUAAGCCGUAUUAUCCUUUGGCCGCAGUGCUGCUGUGUUUCGUCUUCGCCACAGCGCAGGUUGUGCCAAAUACAGAGAUCGGUCGGAUUACCAUCCAAGUGCCGUUGCUGUCAAAUGGAAAGCCCGUAAUGGUGGCUAACCAGGAGAGGGAGGAAGUCGCCACCGUGGAGGAGAUCAAGCCGGGAAAGGUCCAUGUGGUCCAGGAGGUAGUGGUGCCACCUACUGUUAAGUCGGAUGAUAAGGUUCGAGUGGCAAGAUCUGUUUCAAAUUCGGGAAGCUAUAACCAUUAUCUGACCAAUCCUGGUAUCCCCAACCAUGGAAUUCCGAAUCCUGGCAUCCCUAACCAUGGCAUUCCGAAUCGUGGAAUCCCCAAUGAUGGCAUCCCUAAUCCUGGCAUCCCUAACCAUGGAAUCCCGAAUCCUGGCAUUCCCAACCACGGAAUACCCAAUCGUGGAAUCCCUAAUGACGGUAUCCCUAAUCCUGGCAUCCCUAACCAUGGCAUUCCAAACCCUGGUAUCCCUAACCAAGGAAUACCCAAUCGUGGAAUCCCCAAUGAUGGCAUCCCUAAUCCUGGUAUCCCCAAUCACGGAAUUCCCAAUCCUGGCAUCCCCAAUCAUGGGAUUCCCAAUCCCGGCAUACCCGUUCCAGACGCCUCUGAACUCAUGCCGGUUGUUGUAAUGCCACCUAGUAGAACGACCACCGCACCUGCAUCCAAGUCAACGCCCAAACAUGUACCAACCAGAAAUUGCUUUCACCUGCUGACGGGUGGCAUGACCACAAUGUCUCCAACGGAAAUGCCGCCUCCAACAAUGGAAAACUGCGAUGAGCUGUGCACCAAGUUGGAGUACUUGCCCAUUUGUGCCCACAAUGGGAUCUGCGUCCAUGAGUUUGCCAAUCAGUGCGUGAUGGACACCUUCAAUUGCAAGCACCGAGAUUUGUCAUUCCGUGCAGUGGACGAGGAUGUCUGCCGGCUGGGAGUUUGUAUGAGGCGAUGCAAGGAGGAUGAAUUGAAGCUUUGA